AUGGCUAGAAAUUUGAACGCUGUUCUCCCUCAUAAAAAAAGUUUGGAUCAGGCGGCAAUAAUGAAAUUAGCAAGUCCAGCCGACAUGAAAGAAUCCCCUCUGGAAAUCCCGCAAAACUUCCGCCUCGAUCCAGACAAACCCAUCACGGAUAAAUCGGCCAGUUUCAUUUGGUCCAGUGUCAACGAAGGACCCUGGAGAAUGCAAGGGCAUUACAUGGGCUGCAAGAUACAAUACUGGAAAUCGGAAGAAGGCCAAUCGGAGAUUCACGAACACAGCAUCUAUUUCCGAGAGAAACCUAAUUGCUGGAAAAAUGAGGCCGGAUCUACUUCCGUUUCCGGUCGCAAAAAACGCUCACUAAUCGGCAACUGCACUAGCCACACGUACAUCGACAUCAGCAGCUACAUCAGCAGCGACGACGACGACAUCAACUGCAACGAUAACGACGACGACAAUAAAAUCACCAGCAAAGCGCUAACAUCUCACAACGACUCAGAAAGUUUCCCAAGCAGUAAAACAACAAAAACAACCCAGCCGCCACUACUACAUCCUCGACACAACAUUCCAUCAUCAACUCACCAACGAAGAAUUAAAAUCUGCAAUCCGGAAAAAUUUCAAAAUCGGAAUUUCCCAAAAAACCGGAAGCGGCGACAAGAGAGUAGUCCAACAACCCAUGGUCACGUGUACAAUCUGUGGCCUUACAGCAACAUCACAGCGCAGAUCGUCGUCAUGAAUGUUAAGUACUCUGGGAGGCCCAGUGCCCAAGUACAUUUCACCACGAAGGAAGGAAAACCAGGUCCCUUAGAAUCCUUCACGGCGGUGGGACGCGGAAUAAAUUACCUCAUGCUGAUGUGGGCCGCUCCCAAGGAGAAAAAUGGGAUCCUACUGGGAUACACUCUGACGUAUACCUCAUUCAAAGAGAUCACAGACGCAACAGAUCAGCUACACAGAUUGGAGAUUUCUGGAGAAAAUAACACACUUAUAACCUUGAAGAACCUCUCACCAGACUACAAGUACAGCCUGACUGUCUGUGCGAAAACCGUGCGCGCAGAAGCUUAUGGCAAAUUCUCACCGCCGAGUGCACCGGAAAUCAUACUGAACCUGCUAAACGAUGAUAGGUUGCUGAAUGUCACGUGGUAUACGCCAUCAAGGGGUCAUACUAGUAGAACAAUCGUCGGAACUACGUACAUCGUUAAUUACAGAAAAGCAGGAGAGAGCAAGUGGACCCAAUCAAAAGAACUGGCCAAUAAGGGUUGGCAUAUCAUCAGUGGCCUGGAAGGAGAUGUGACCUACGAGAUAAAGUUGACCUCUAGAAAUGGUGAGAAGGAGGGUGACCCUGAGAGUUAUAGCAAUAUCAAGCGGAUAAGGAUCGGAAGAAGAGAAGAUAUUUCGAAUCAACCUUCAUUCCGUGUGUGGUACGGAGACUCGAACGUCGUGAAAAUCGGCUUGGAACAUACGAAAAUCGAGGCUAUCCAGUCAUACCGAGUCGAAUAUCGAUACUGGGGAAGCAAUAACUGGAUUUCAACAGCUCCGCACACCUCUUUACAGAUCAUAACUCUAGAUGACCUCACUUCCGGCGGUCGAUACGAGGUCAGGGUUGUGGUCACUAUGAACACCAGCGUAGAGGCUAAUGUGGCGACCAACAUGGCGACUAACACUGCGAUCAACGCAGAAACCAACCUACAGACGUUAAUCAGUCAAUCGAAAUUAGUUGCUGUUGGAAGAGAUGGCGUCCAGGCUCCGUUCAGUUUUCCAAGCAAGAGCAAUCAUUCUCAUUCAAACAUCUCCAAACUCCUAAUUAUAUCGUACCUAAUAAUUUGGACAUUAGAUGCAUUCUUUCAACCUAACAACUACUUCAAAUUAUCCCAGAAUUUCGGUUUAAGUUGAAAUUUGUUGCUUAAUUCGUAGCUCACGAGUACCACGUAAAUUUCGUAUUAAAUAUAUUGUACACGCGAUAUGUUAUUAUGAAUUAUUAGACUAUUAUUAUUAUUGUUGUUUAUUAUUAUUAUUAUUAUUUUUCUUCUUUUUAUUCUUAUUUUUAUAUUUUCACAACGACAAUUUUUUUUCUUUGUGUUGUUUCGAUCGUCUGUAGUAGAAAAAAAAAUAUUAAUAAAUAAAUAAUGAAUAAAUAACUGAU